AUGGAUGGAGACAUGCAGUGCAAAAGUCACUAUGGGGAAGCGUACAGGCGUUGCAGCCAACGGAGGACACACUGCACUUUAUACUGCACUUCAGAUGGCUAUUCAUGUAUAUCCCGAAGGGUUCCGGCUGCAGAUGGUACAAGUUGCGGACCAAGGAACUGGUGCAUUAAAGGAGAAUGCAUCGACAAUGGACGUGCACGCAUUGAUGGGGGGUGGAGUAAGUGGUCAACUUAUACCCCGUGCACUCGGUCUUGUGGGGGAGGGGUACAGCACAGGACAAGGACAUGCACUAAUCCUACGCCAAAGUACGGGGGAAAGAACUGUGACGGGUCAAACAUUGGUGGUUGGCGAACUUGCAAAUUUAGGCCUUGUGCCAACGAAACGAUUUCUUACAGAGAGAUGCAAUGCAAGGUGUACAAUCAGGAUUUUGUGCCGUACUACUUAGGGUCCGAUCUCUGUGGACUUUACUGCCGAAUUGGUAGCAAGGUCUCAAGACAAGGACGAGUCAAGGAUGGAACUCAAGCAACACAAAAUGAACUUGUUUAUGAUGUCUGCAUUAAAGGGAAACGUGAGCCUGUAGGUUGUGAUCAUCUGAUGCACUCAAGGAAAAGGUUCGACAAAUGUGAAAAAUGUGGUGGAAAGGCAGAUUCCUGUAAAGAUGAGAUGGGUAGUUUUACGGAAAAGAUAGAACACGUAAACGAGUCAGCCUUGAUUAAGAAACUUCCCCCUGGCACAGUUUACGCCUACUUCAGAAAGAAAAUCGGGAGGUCCUACAAUGUAUUAGGUAUUCAAGAUGUGUAUGGAAACUACCUCAUAAAUGUGCCUUAUACCUACUCCAAGACAAUAGAAUAUGCUGGAGCUACAAUAACAUACAAACACGCGGAAAUGCGAUAUAGAGAUUCAUUGGAGAUUCGUGGACCUACAACUGAGACACUGAAAGUUGUGUUCUUAAGAGUACAUGAACAGACCCAAGGAGUAGACUAUAUGUUGAAAAGACCGCUGCAGCCUAGUGAGUCUGUAGAAAAUCUCCUCUACCACUGGGUACCGAUUUCGCAUUGGUCAACAUGUUCUACGACUUGCGGAGGAGGUAUACAAACUCGAGAAGUAUUCUGUUUCCUCGCACAAAAUGCUUCUAUUGUCUCUGAUGAAGCUUGUGGCUCACUCGUCAAACCAGCAAGCACCCAGAAAUGCAACACCCAAGCGUGUGAAGCUAAAUGGCACGUUGAAGAAUGGACGCCUUGUUCAAGAACGUGCGGCCGAGGUAUACAAACACGCAAAGUGAUCUGUCAGCAGGAAGUAAAGUCGAAAACUGUGGUCGUAAGAAAUUCAAAAUGUCCAGCGGAAACUAAACCAGUUCUUUCUUCGAAAAAAAGAUAUUGCAAUGAGAUCGAUUGUCCCGCUGAGUGGGUAGUGGAGUCAACCUGGUCCAAGUGUUCCACCACCUGCAAGCCAGGCAUUAUGACCAGACAAGUGGUGUGUCAAAAACUCGACCAAAGUGGGGAAAAAUCAACAGUGUCAGAUCUCGACUGCGCUUAUCGGCCCAAUAAGCCCGCCAUUCAACUGGCCUGUCACGUUAACAUUCCUUGUCCUGCUGAUGGCAACUCGAACGGAAAAGGCAUUUGCGAUGAAGUGAACCUUUGUAAGAAUGCAGGAAUUUGUACUGGCAACUCUGUGAACCACCCAUGUUUGUGUCAGCCUGGUUUUACUGGCUCAUAUUGCGAAGUUAAGAUCAAUCCUUGUGAUAGCAAUCCAUGUUUCAGUCAAGAAACCUGUUCUCCUGACGUGAAUUCACCUCUUGGAUACACUUGCCAAGUGCCGAAUUAUGCAUGCGACAGCAGCCCUUGCUACAACGAUGGUGUAUGUGUAAAUGACAAGGAACACGCUUCAAAAUAUCAUUGUCAAUGUCCUUCCUGGAUAACUGGAACUAACUGUGAAGUUUUGUCGACUGCAUGUGAUUCCAGCCCUUGUGUCAACGAUGGUUACUGUAGUAGUGAUUUAGCCGAACCAUCUAAGUAUAAAUGGGCUUGCAGCGAAUGGUUCAAGGGAAAAAAUUGUGAAGUUCAAAUCUUCCCAUGUGAUAGCAAACCUUGCCUUAAUGGUGGAUUAUGUAGAAACGAUCCAAGCGACAUCUCAAAAUAUCACUGCAAGUGUCCCCAAUGGUUUGUUGGGGACAAAUGCCAAGACAAACAAACAAUAUGUGACGCCGCUAAUCCGUGCAAGAACGGAGGGACUUGUAAAAGCAGUUCAGAUAAACCUGCAGAGUACACUUGUGAAUGUGGUGACUGGUUCCUUGGAAAAGACUGUGAGGUUCAAAGGUAUCCAUGUGAUGGAAAACCCUGUGUGAACGGAGCCACCUGUAGUAAUGACGAUCAAGAUGUUUCACUGUAUCACUGUCACUGCUCUGAUGGCUAUAGCGGGAAAAACUGUCAGGUACCCAAGUUCAGCAAAAUCGCCUGUUUCAACUCUGGUUCCAGUUUGCUCCCUGACAUACUCGGUGACUUUAAGUCCCAGGUUGCAGAUAACAAGCAGCAGGAUGUUAUUAGCGCAUGCGCUGAGUUGGCGUUUGAUAAAGGCUACAAGUUCUUUGCACUGGGAUAUAACGGCUUAUGUAGAUCAGGACCGAACGGUCGUGAUGAGUACCACAAAGAAGGCGCCACCAGUGAUAGCAAGUGUCCAAAUGGCAUUGGUAUUAAUAAACGUAUUGCUGUGUACACGUUUGAAUUAAUCCCAAAGCAAAUUAGUCUGGGAUGUUUUAAAGAAAAAAAGUCAGCUCGGCUUCUUAAUAUAAAGUUUGGGAGUUUCUCAAGCUCGUAUGAUGCAAAGAACCCAUACGAGAUGGUCAUCAGUUGCGCCCACCUCGCCAGAGAUAUGGACUAUGAAUACUUUGCAGUUCAGGACUCCGGUGAUUGUCGAACAGAUCCAAAAAUAGUCGAGAACUACAAAAGCUAUGGAGAGGCCUUGUCGGAUAAGUGCCAGGGAGGGGUGGGUGCAUCAUUCACCAAUUAUGUAUAUCGACUAAGACCGGUGUUUACUGGUCCAAACGUGUGCAAUACUGUACCGUGUAAGAACGAACGAUUAUGAGUGGUGCAUUUCAGUGAUCCGAACAGGUACCACUGUGAAUGUGGCGAUUGGUUCAAGGGAAAUAAUUGCGAAGUUCAAAUUUACCCGUGCGACAGCAAACCUUGCUUAAAUGGUGCCACUUGUAACAACGAUCCUAAAGACAUCUCCAAAUACAACUGU